ACAUUCUUCCUCUGUCCACUGCCACGACUCAAGUGACCAAAAUACAACCAGUAACGCAUUUUAACACACUUACUUAUUUAUUCAAAACUUUGUUAACAAACUCGGAAUUAUAUUUUCAGACUAAACUCUCGCCGUUAAGGUUUUGACAAGAAAAUACGUACUUACACACAGAAUCCAGAUGGACUUUAGUUGGGUUCAUCCUGGGAGGAAUCUAGAAGAUCCAAAGUGCCCAGAAACGGUCGAAUCUGAUACGAAUUGUGGUCAUCGUCACGUCACGCACGACCCCGACACGAAGAUGGAAUGUGAGAUUUGCAGCAAAAGCCCGUCUACCUUAUCCGAUCACGUGAAGACAUUCCACACCAACGGGGAAGAACAAAGUUGCGACCAGGCGUCUUUCUCAACUACAAAUUUACCGAACGAUCUUAAGGCCGUCCACAGCACGGUGGAACAAUCUACUUUUCCCGACGGUAAAAAAUCCUACCUGAGCAAGGAGGAGAUUUAUUCCUGCGACAAAUGCGAGUACAAAAGCCACGCGAAGUGUAUUUUAGCGCUACACGUGAGACUUAAACAUAUUGCGAAUCCUUCUGCGGCAGGAGGCUUGGCGAAUUUUACCGUUUAAUUCGUCACUACGGGAAAAUGCAUAGCAUGGAAGAGUAACACUUAAAUAAGUAAGUUUUCGCUGGUCACAUGUUGGUAUCUUUUAAUGUAUAUUGAAGAAAUUUUUAAGCGUUUGUUUACCUUGAAAGAUGCAUUUUUUAUGUUAGUGUAAAUCUUUUGACUUUUAUAAUUCCUUGGACAGAACAAUGUUACUGGCUGAAGAAAAAACAAUUUAUUUAGCUCACGACAUAUUUUCAGACAUAUAUUUGUAAAUUUUCAACUUUUUCGUUCGAUGACGACCUACUAUUUGCGUAUGUUUUCUAACUCUUAUAGGUCACACUUGUUCAAUACAGUUUUAUCUAUUGUAGCAUAUUUCUAGGUUUUCAUAUAUUUAAAUAGUUAUUAAUUUUUACGUUACAUAUUGCUCGAAAAGUGAAUAAAUCUUUUAGAUAUUUUUUCAGAGGUA